AUGGCCCCCGACAGGUUCGGUCGAGGAACACUUGUAAACAUGGGUUACCCUGUCUGUUACCCCCCGGUAGUGUAUUACCCCGACCCCUUUGUUACCCCUCGGCUUCCAGCGGCAGGCGCCCCAAGGUUUAUCGUGGACAUGACCGCCAACCGAGGUAACCGCACGAGCAUGCCAUGCCCGGCCAGUGGUCCCUCGCGUCCAUGCAACAAUGGCACUGGAUCUUCACGACGAUACGCCAUGGACCUGACGGGCACGGACGACUCGGGACCGCAACAGCAACACAGGCCCCAGCCAGGAACCUCUGUCAUCGAGAUCUCGUCCGAUAGUAGUGGCGAUGACGACGACGGCGACGGUAGCACGGCGCUGCAUGCUGGUGUGUGCCCUGUCGGUCCGUUGGGUGCAUCAGCCGCAGGUCCAUCAGGCGAUGCAGCACACCGGCCAAGCACCGCCACCGCGGGCAGGCACGACGCGGCAUCGACGAGGCGGAGGUACCGGAAGGGCACGGACCGCUGUGGCGGUUCGUGCCUCCACUGUCGGAAGCCGGGUUGGAAAUUGGGGUGUCUCGGUCCAGCAGGAGAGCGUGAGGAUGUUGUUCAGGCACCAGCGCGGAAUAGAUCCCUACCAGUCAUGUGGCCCGACCAGCACCAGCAGCCGCCAGGCCUGGAUGACCUGCAGUUCGCGCAGUUUCGUCAGUUCCAGGACUUCCUCGCGUGCGAUCUAGUCACGCACGUGUUCGUGUUCCGACACUCUGCCGCCGAUGGGGUCCGCGGAGGGCGCCCAGACUGGCUCAGUGUGCAGUACAAGGUUUCGGAUGACCGCUAG